AUGGUAGCAGUUACUCGUAGUGCGAAAGCACGUCAACACCAGUCACCCAUUGCAAGCAUUCCAAUAGUAGCUGGUGUUGUUGAAAAGAAAUGUCAUCGAAAUAAGAAAAAAAAAGGUGAAUCGCACACAGUAACAACAACAGGUGUACCAUCAACAUCAUCUGUCAUCACAAUGGCAUCACCCUCAUCACCAACACCAGUUACAUUAUUUCAUCAUCAAGAUAAUAAUGAUGAUAAUAGCAUUAACGAUGCUUAUCAAUAUAUUGAUUCACCAUCAGCCAAAUCAAUUCGAAUCGAUAAUGAUCAACAGGAUAAAUCAGAUGAUUGUGAUGACGAAGAAUUAGAUACAAUGGCAGCAUGGCCAGUUAUUGUCGAUGAAAUUCAGUGGUGUAAAACAAAUUGUGGUAAUGAUCGUAUGUGUAUGGGCGGAUAUACCUGCGAUUCUUUCUCUCAAUUAUUACAAAAAACACUCGUAACUUUCGUUGUUCGAAGAAAAAUCUUCUUUGCCGUGCUGUUGUACAUCUAUUUAUGGAUUCCAAUAUGUACAAUGAUUCAAAUAAUGUUGAACAUAAUCAUCCACCAAAUCAACAUGAUGUGAAACGUUUAUUAGUAUUACUGAAGAUCAAAGAAAGAGUACUGACAGAACCAAUUUCUGUUACUCGGAUUAUAGAAGAUGAAUCUGUAAAGAUGAUCUAAAUGAUGAUGAUCGACGACCUUUUUUAUUACCAGUAUCACAAGGUAAGUGAUAUAGAUAGACUUAAGUUGCAUGUGAAAUACCAUGCCUUAAGUUUCAUACACACUUAUGUUAUUCUGAGUACUUUAGCAUCAAAAUUUCAUAAAAUUCGUGCUAAAAUGUUGCCACCUAAUCCAAAAUCAUUGGACUUUCAAGUCCCAGCAAUGUACUGAACAACUCACAGUGGUAAAGAAUUUCUGAUUUACGAUUCAAUACAUAAAAAACAAGGAGGAAGACUGAUGAUUUUUUCUACCAAAGUCUUAAUCGAAAUGUUAUGUGGUUGUGAAGUUAUAUUGGUUGAUGGAACCUUCAAAACACGUCCUAUCUUGUUUUCUCAAGUAUAUGUCGUAAUGGGUCAGCAUCUCGAUGAAGGUAUAUAUAUGCUUUGUCCUCAGUUCAGCUUCAUUUGAAAUUGGGACGAUAAACUCAUUGGAAAAAUUAGUAAGUGUCGUAUUUAAAUAAAGUCACUGAUAUGUUUUUCUUCUUUCUUUCUUUCCAGUUUCCUGAUAUUUCUAUCCACGGAUGUUGGUAUCAUUUUACCCAGGCGAUAUUUCCAAAUAUACAAAAAAAAAAUUAGUUUGUCACAGAUGUAUGAAAAAAAUGAUAAUAAGAACAACACUUAUAGUAGGCUUUUACGAGUAAAGUUUUUCUUUUCACUUAUUACUGC